AUAAAGAUAGCAAACUUGCUUAUCAAAAAUUGGAAUUUAAAAGUAGUAAUAAUCUUGUCGCAAUGAAUCAUCAAGUAGUGAAAGAAAAUUCGGAUAAUACUCGACGAUAUCAUCUGGAACAAGAGAAGACAUCAUUGCCUACAGAUACUUGCAAAUCUUCCACAGUACAGAUAACAGAAAGUACUGAUAUAAGCAGAAAUUCAAAUCAAUUCUCUCCUUGCACUGAAAAAAUUCAAAAACCACCGAUAUCAAUAAUUGCGGUCCAAAUUACGGAGCCAAAAUCGAAUCGUCGAACCAUUUGUACGAAUGAAAAUGAAACAGAUCGUAGUAAUAAAAGUGAAAUAAAAAUUGAACUGAGUGAUAGUGAUGUUUGA